AUGGACAAGCCAACUAUGCAUAUGCUCUCCGUCCAGGAGAAGGGCGGAGAGACGAGGAAGACAAAUCAAUAUAUCGCUGCCGUUGCUGCUGCAAUAGGGGCUGUAGCGGCCGGCACCAUUCUUGGCUGGACAUCACCAGCGCUGCCACAACUAGAGCCUCCUAAAAACACUAGUGAAUUUAUUGAGAGAGAUAUAUUUGCCCUAAAUGACACGAACACUACCGACAUUCUCAUCAAUUCCUUGGGGCAGCAAGCUGACUUCCUUCUGGAUACUAAAGAUAGUUCUCUUGUCUCAUCAGUGUUGGCAAUUGGUGCAGCUAUCAGCGCGUUACCCGUCGGCGUCUUCGCACAAAAGUUUGGACGUAGACCAACCAUUCUCAUUUUGGCUGGACCAUUUAUUCUGAGUUGGUUGCUGACAAUCUUCGCCAAUGGAGCAGGGAUGCUGAUCGCUGCUAGGUUCUUUGCUGGACUAGCUACUGGUGGUAUUUGCGUAGCAGCGCCAAUGUACAUUGGUGAAAUAGCUGAGACAUCCAUUCGUGGGUCAUUGGGAGCUUUCUUUCAGCUCUUUUUGACUGUUGGUAUCCUGUUUACGUUCGUGGUGGGUGGUUGGACACACUGGAGGACUUUGUCCAUUGUAUCCGCUGUCAUACCGGUCCUGCUUAUUGUUGUGUUUUGGUGGAUGCCAGAAACACCUCAAUAUUUACUUGGAAAGAACAGACGACACGAUGCUGAGAAGGCAUUGAGAUGGCUCCGUGGACCUGACGCUGACCUUACCACUGAACUUGAGGAUAUGCAGAAAGAGGUUGACAACGCAUCUCGUCUCAAAGGUGGCAUUCUUCACAUGCUCACCAACCGCGCGCCCCUUAUGGCCUUCAUCUGCUCCUUGGGCCUCAUGUUCUUCCAGCAAUUUAGUGGAAUCAACGCUGUCAUCUUCUACACGAACCAAAUCUUCGCUUCCGCCGGGUCUGAUAUCCCAGCCGUCAUCGCCACCAUCAUUGUCGGGGUGGUUCAGACCAUUGCCACUUACAUUUCCUCCUUGCUUAUCGAAAGAGCCGGUCGGAGAAUUCUCCUUCUCCAAAGCUGUAUUAUCAUGGGCCUCUGUCUUAUCAUCCUGGGAACGUAUUUCAAACUGCAAGAGGACGGAAGUAAUGUCUCUUCUUUUGGUUGGAUUCCGUUGGUCUGCUUGGUCCUCUUCAUUAUUUCCUUCUCUUUGGGCUUCGGUCCCAUACCCUGGAUGAUGAUGUCUGAACUCUUCCCCGUUGAAUUCCGUGGUACUGCAUCAGGGAUUACUGUGAUCACCAACUGGAUGUUGGUCUUUAUAGUAACCCUGUGUUUCCCCUUAAUGAAAAAUGCGAUCGGUAUUUACAGUUGUUUCUGGUUCUUCGCCGGUUUCAUGAUUGUGUGCGUGUUUUUCGUUUUCUUCUUGAUCCCAGAGACAAAGGGCAAGACUGUUUCCCAGAUUCAGACUAUUUUGGGCGGCAAGGCGUAG